AUGUCCUCUGCCGUGGUACACAACGAUGAUCUCGACAUGGAGCCCACCCUCCAGUCGAUCCUCAACCAGAAGACCCUUCGCUGGAUCUUCGUCGGUGGAAAAGGUGGUGUCGGCAAGACCACCACCUCCUGCUCCCUCGCCAUCCAGCUGGCCAAGGUUCGCAAAUCAGUGCUGCUCAUCUCCACUGAUCCCGCGCACAACUUGAGUGAUGCCUUUGGCCAAAAGUUUGGAAAGGAGGCCCGCCUCGUCGAUGGAUAUACCAACCUGAGCGCCAUGGAGAUCGACCCCAACGGCAGUAUUCAGGAUCUUCUGGCCAACGGCGAUGGCCAGGGUGAAGACCCUUUGGCUGGGUUGGGCAUGGGCAACAUGAUGCAAGACUUGGCCUUUAGCAUUCCCGGUGUGGAUGAGGCCAUGUCCUUUGCCGAAGUCCUCAAGCAGGUCAAGUCGCUUUCCUACGAGACCAUUGUAUUCGACACCGCUCCGACCGGCCACACUCUGCGUUUCCUACAAUUCCCCACCGUCCUCGAGAAGGCACUUGCCAAGCUCUCCCAGCUGUCGUCUCAGUUCGGCCCCAUGCUCAACUCCAUCCUCGGCGCCCGUGGUGGCCUACCCGGCGGUCAAAACAUGGACGAGCUAUUGCAGAAGAUGGAAUCGUUGCGUGAGACGAUCAGUGAAGUCAACUCUCAAUUCAAGGAUCCUGACAUGACCACCUUUGUCUGUGUCUGCAUUGCCGAGUUCCUGUCGCUGUAUGAGACGGAACGUAUGAUCCAGGAGCUCACCAGCUACGGCAUCGAUACUCACUCGAUCGUGGUCAACCAGUUGCUGUUCCCCAAGGAUGGGAGCAACUGCGACCAGUGCAACGCCCGGAGAAAGAUGCAAAAGAAGUAUCUGGAGCAGAUUGAGGAGCUCUACGAGGACUUUAACGUCGUUCGCAUGCCUCUUUUGACGGAAGAAGUCCGUGGGAAGGAGAAGCUUGAAAAAUUCAGCGACAUGUUGGUACACCCAUAUGUGCCCCCGCAGUAA